CUCUAAACUAGGGUGAAUCAAGCAGCAGCCAAUGGCUUCUCGUUCGCCCACCAUUGCCCUGGUCCUCAUCCUUGCCUGCUUCUCCUCGCCGGCGGCGGCCUUCAACAUCACCAGGCUACUCGGACAAUUCUCCGACUUCACAACCUUUAACAACCUCCUGUCUCAGACGAAGCUCGCGGAGGAUAUCAACCGCCGGCAGACCAUCACCGUGCUCGCCGUGGACAACGGCGCCGCCGGUGGCAUCUCCUCCCUCCCAUCAGACGUCCAGCGGAAGGUGCUCUCCAUGCACGUUGUCCUCGACUACUACGACACCGCCAAGCUGGAGGCCAUCAAGAACCACUCCGCCCUGCUGACGACUAUGUUCCAGUCCUCCGGCCAGGCCACCGACCGCAUGGGCUUCCUCAACUUCACCAAGCGCUCCGACGGUGUCAUGGUGUUCGGCUCCGCUCAGCCCGGAGCGCAGAUGACCUCCCAUAUGGUCAAGUCCGUCACUUCCCGCCCGUACAACAUCUCAGUGCUGCAGGUCAGCGCCCCCAUCGUGCCGCCCGGUGUCGGCGGCUCGGCAGACAGCGGCAAGGGUGGCGCGCCGCCGCCGCAUAAGGCCACGGCGCCCGCACCCGGGCCCGCAACAAAGGGAAAGAAGGGAGCUCCUCCGUCCAAAGAUGAGGAGGCCCCUGCUCCGGCACCGUCCGACGACGCCAGCGCAGACGCGCCUGCCGAUGCCCCUGGGCCGGCGGCGGACGGCCCAACGGCUGAUGGCCCCGCGGCAGAUGCCCCUACGGCGGACGGUCCGGCAGCUGACGCGCCGGCGCAUAAGAAGAGUAGCGACGAGGCGGCUGACGCGCCAGAAGGUUCAGCCGCCGGCAGGAUAAAGGCCGCUGCGCGUCUGGGAAUCGUGGCGCUUCUGAUGACGAUUAUUUGACAUUGACUGCUAUUGCUGGAAAUUAGAAUGGAGCUUUCGUGAUUUGGGAUUGACAGUAAGCUGAACUCUAUACAGUACGAUGCAAGGGCUUGUCCACUGACUCAAACAGACUUCAUUUUUUUUUGCGCGUUUAAUGGAUUGGACAUCUCGUGCUACUGGAGGCUGGAACACGUAGUUUCUUUUUUCUUUCUAAUUUCAUGUUCAUGUGAUGGAGCUUACUGAUGUCUUGUGCAUAUAUAAACAUUGUGUGUACGAAGAUGUUGUUAAUCUGUUCAAGCUGGAAAAAAACUAUAGAAGAAUUACUUC